UUUGUAAAUACCUCUUUUCAUUUAUGUUGUACAUUUUCAUAUUCUUCAAGUUUGCAGAGUGAUGAAGCAUUUGUUGGCUGUUGGGGGUUUUUGCAUUAAUUUUAUGGAGAGUGUGUUGCAGAGCUGAACUACUGUGGGCUUUUAUGCCUCCUUUCUUUAUCUAAACAAGGUUGUCUGUAGUUAUAUCAUCGCACUUUACCAAGCAAUUAAUGGUUUCAGCCAGAACAGAUGUGUGUCUUUUCCCUCAUCUGCAAAAUGAACCUGUUUAUGAAACACUAGUAUUUCAUCUGUUUCAGCUGUAUUCAUGUUGUAUUUUAGACUCCCUUAUUAAAAGCUAGUGCAAUAAUGUGAGACAGGGGCUCUCAUGUUUUUAGACCCCAUAUUUUUGGUAUAAAAGUAUCCAUGAUAUUUGGCUGUCUCCAAAAUGUUUACUUCAGUAAGAUUUCGAGUGCCCAAAAUGUUUAACGGUGUUAAAAAAGGUCAACCAGCUGAUAGCUGAAGGCGAAUAUGUCAGAAAGAAAGACUGAAAAAAAAUUAUCAGUCCGACACAGUGGGAGUAUUAGAAUGAUUAAUGUUUAUGUUAAUUUAUGGCUUUUACAUAUUGAUUAAUAGCUUUUUGUUUCAGUGACCAAAAUGUGUAAGUGGCAAUGAGAUCCAUAUGCUAACUCAGUGUCUUUCAAAUAAUUACAAUCAUUCUUAGUUUUGUUCCCAUGCUGAAUCUAUGUUUUCAUACAGAAAAUAAUUAUUGUACAGUGACUUUUUUAAAAAUUGCAGAUGGAAGUAUUUGAAAGUGAACCUCAAGACAUACCUGGGUUCCAGUGUUCCUGAAGGUUACCCACUGACAUUUAUAUGCAUUUUUCUUGCAAACAUCAUUACUUAAAAUCGUAAUAUAUUGUGGUUUAGCCUGAUACAGUUAGGGGAUGCAUAGGUGUUAAGGUGCUAACACUGUGAGGAGCCAUUACCUGAGUGGAAAUCAUUAAAGAUGUGUUGCAUUGCAUGAUGGUUAUUAGUCAUUUUCUUCUCUGCUCCCAUAAGAUUUCUUGGCAUAUCACCAAUUGCUGAUAAGCAGUUUUGUUUGCUAUCUGUCUAUUGACUGUUACAAUUAAAAUGUGGAAACUUCCAUCAUUCAUUGUCUGAAUGUCAGGAGAGAAGGUAAUUUUGGGGAGCUCCUGAGAGAGGAUGAAAUCCUGACUUCCCUUGAAGUCAAUGGGAAAUGGAGGUUCUCGGCACUUCGAGAAAUGAAGCUUUUGAAGUGUUUUUCUGUGCAGGCAGGAAUUGUUGGUCAUCAGAAAUUAUUUGGGGACUAUUUAGAAUGAAAGCUCUGACAGCAUUUAGUGUUUCCAACCUGUGAAAGGAAGGACUCUUGCCAAUUGUAAUGUUGGCUGUGUGGCAACAGGUUUAUGAUAUCAGUUAAUAAAGGACUGUAUAGCUAGGUCAUAUAAAAAUCAUUGCAUUCCCUUUGACAUUGAUGUGUCUCUAACGAGCAAGUUUUGCAAGCAAGAGACUUCUAUCUAGAAAUCUAUCUACAGUACCUAGAUGCUGUGUUUUCCAGUGCAAGCACAAGCACACUAAUGAAUGCUCCCAGUCCACUGUUGUGAUUAUUUUUUUUUUUAAGAUUUUGAAAGCACAUAUAAAAUACAAAUACAAUCACUGCUUAGUCUCUACUUUGGUAGUCAUAGGUAGGUAGUAAUGUGAAAAAUAACCAAUUUAAGAGAAAGUGUCUGGCUGUUCUUACUCCUGAAAAUUAGGAGUGUUUUAUUAGUACAUCUUACUGGUUAAAUCAGAAGUCUCUACUAAUUCUAGUUUCUGCUUGAAAUAAAUUUCUUGGUUUAUAGAUUUCUACUGAUUCCUAAUUUCCACGUGAAAUACUUUUUAAAUUAGCUUUAAAGAAAUCCUAGAAGUAUAAUACAGUUUAUACCUGAAUUUAGCACCAAAGAUAGCAAAGGGAGCUUUAAACUGAAAGCUGUGGUGUUAGUUGACUGAUGAGUGAAUGUUCCUAUAUUCUGGGGCUCUGACCUUUGCAACUAUUUGUGUAGCACUCCCACAUCUCUUGAUCUGUGCAGGCAGUUGCUAUACGAGCUUCUACUAAUUCUCCAUUUACUAGUGCGUGUUUCUGUUUGCACACAACAGACAUAGCAUGUGUUUUGAGGGACUGGGAUACGAAUGCAAAAAGCAGGCUGCCUGACUUACGGAUUUUAGGUUAAAAUUUUGGAUUUUAACCUAAGUGGCAGUUUCGUUCUUCCCUAAGUGUUUUGUAUGUGUUAGCUGGUUACAGGGCACAAAAUGGUAUUUUAUUGUACAGUCAGUUACUUUUCACCUUACGUGCAAAGAGAUUUCUUCAGACUGUCUCGCAGCAUGCCUUUCUAUAGCAGUCUUCCCUGUUUCAGUGUGUUCUGUCAUUUUUUUGAUUUGUGCAUAUAAAAGGAAAAGCUGGGCUUAAAAAAUCAUCACAAUGUGUCUGAAGAACUAUUUGUUUACCAAACCAUAUACCUGCUUUCAGACCUUUUGUAGUCAAUGACCUAUAUUUUGCAGUCAGUUGACGUGAACUUUAACUCAUUCAACUUGUGCAGAUUUGUCUGGCAUCACUUUUAAUUAGGGCUGCGAGAAUCCAUUUUCAUACAUAAACUCUUGUUCUGCGCUUGCUAGAAGGAGCCAUAUAACCAGGCAGCCUGUUUUGUCAACCAGGGAUGUCCAAGGUGUUUCCAAGUCCCGCUGUGUUGUGGCAUAAUUCAGAGGCAGGUUAGAGGCUGGAAGCACGAGGAUAUUGUGUUUGGAAAGCUCAUGCUGCAAGGGCUGCCUGUGGAAUUUUAACAUUGGAGAUUGCAAAUGUAAUGGAGUAAACAAAAUUGUUUGCAUUGCACUAUUAAUUUGAGGGAGCCUUAUUUCCACUGACUUCCUCGGCGGUUAUAGCUCGGGACCCACUUUGAAAACACACUAGAGCUAUGCUGCACAACGUGACAGAGUCACAAAACCUGUGAGUGAGUGCAGGUAGGCACAGAAGCAUGGGCUAAAAAGGGGUUUUUGUAUGAAUGAAAAAGAAACAGACUGGAAACGGGUAAGCACAAUUUAGUCACAUCUUUCUCAACUCGUUCUUUGCUGUGAUUUUUCCUUUGGGAGGGUGGCACCUGGUAGACUAGGAAUUUUCAAAAAAUAACAGGGAUUUCAUAUAUCUGUUUGUGAGCACACCUGGAUGUGUUGAAUAUUUUGCAGUAGUAAUUAUGUCUGCACACCUGCUGGUUUCAGUCCCAAAUCAGUUUGCCAGACAUGCCUAGAGAGAUUUAUUUCUCCUAUACCUGAAAAAGUUUUUACCACUGAGUUUUUACUACUCUAAAUAAGCCUAAAGAAAAAAAGAGGAGGAUUUUUUUUCUUGUCUUUGCUUGAGCCAUUGGUAUCUCAAACUGAACUGUGGAGUUUGUUGGGGGAGGAGGGUGCAUGGAUGAUAUUUUAAUAGCAAUUUGUUUUUGCUUCAAUGUGUGAUAGAAAUACAAGUGACAGGAGUGGGAACAGGAGAGUUGCUGAAUUCUGCUGGAAUUUUUCCUGUGGGAAUUUGUUAAUGUUUUUAAUUCUCUGAGAGAUUUUUCUAAGGUAAUCCUUUUGACAUUUACAUAUUUUAAAUGACUCUCAUUAAAUAAAAGCUUAACUUUUUUAUAUCAAAUGCUGAAGUGAUGAUACUGGCAUAUCACUGCAUAGAAAUUCAAACGGUUUGAAGAUUAUUCUAAUUGCAACCUAAGCAAAGCAAGUUUUGUGAAGGAUAUUAACAGUGAAUUGUUCUUUAAAAUAACAUAAUUUUGAAGGAAAUUCAAUUAUUCUGGCAUUUUUUUAGGCAAACCCCUUUUUAGUACCUAUAGCGUGGUGUGCAUAGCCGUUUGCUAAUUGAAACACUAAUUUGAACAGCUGGGGUUUCCACUCCUCACUCACAUGGAGCCCGACGGUUUGCAGUGCACCUUAUGGAAAAUACUUUCAGUUGUCUCUGUCAUAUCUGAGUGUAGCUCAGCCCCUGAAGGAGGAUGCUGUUACCAGUGCAGGGAAGGCUGGAGGAAAUAAAGUGGAGCAUCUUUUAAAAAAUAAGAGCGUGAUGGUGAGGUGUUGCAUCUCUUACUGGUGAUAACCUCUUGCAAACAAAUGCCAUAAGCAAAAUGAUUCAUAUAUUUUAACAUCCUUUCACAGGGGAAAGGAGUCAUAGCAUGAGGAUAACUCGGGAACAAACAUAAUCUAGCCCUGAGAUGCUUUUAAAUGAACUUUCUUCUGUAGGUUGUCCUUGGCUUGUUCAAGCCCUUGAGCCAGAUUUUGCUCUCAGACCAGCCUAAAUGCUAAGCAAAUUUAAUUAAAUUUGCUGCAGAUAUCCCCAGUUAACAAGAACAGAUUGGUCCCCCUGAGGCUAGAUGGAGUUAACAAGAAAAUAAAUGUUGUGCUAAUUAGAUAACUCAUUUUCAGACACCUGGGGUGAAACUUUAAAUAAAGUCCUAGAGAUUUGGGAUUGAAAAUUUAUUUGAAAAUGAGUCUUAGGCUUCUAAAUCACAUAGGCACUUCAGAAAAAUUUACCCAGGGGCUUUAACCAUUGCACAGUCAUGAUAUUUAGCACGUUUGUGGCUGGCUGCUUAGCAAAGCACGGUAUAACCAUUAUCUAUUAGAAUUAGUGUAACACAAUGUAUUUCAUUAUCCCUGUAAGUAAAGCAGAGAUACUGAGCUACCUGGUGAGUUGAAAGUAGGCUGAAUGUCAUCUUUUUGAGGAUGCUUAUGUGUCAGCAGGAAGAGAUGGAUGCUUUCUUGGAGGUUUUAAGGCACCACACUUCUAUUUGUGAUCUUGUGGGACUUUCUGUUGAUUCAGGUACCUAAGAACUUUUAAUUAAACCUUGAUCUUAAGUGACUUGUCCAAGCUCAUGGAUGAAGAAGACAGCACAGAUGCAAUUUUAUAGUUCAGCACUUGCUGGAAUUAAAAUAAGAUGCUUAAUACUGUCACACUGCCAUUCAUCUGCUGAGUCAUGAUAGGAAGUAAUAAGGAGUCAUCUCAUAAGCCAAAUAAAAAAUGACAUGGGUUUAAUAUUAGGCCAAAUUUCCAGAUUCAUGUAGCUGGUGAGCAAAAAAGCAAGCAAAGAACCAGGCUCCAAGAAGCAAAAAGUCCCUUCAUUUGCUUACAGCUCAAAAGUAUGCUUUCAGUUGUUGGGUUUUUUUCCUGUAGCCAGUCUGAGUAUUUUUCUGAAAUAUUGUCCUUGUAAAGACAUGCAUUAGUGUAGCGUCUGUUUCAUGCCAGGUAAAACCCUUCCCACAGCCACGCACACACUUGCUGUCUGUCAGCAAAAACUUCUGUGUCAGUAAUUAGAAAAAUGCUAUUAAAAACCUGCCUUGUAAUCCCAAAUAGCCUCUGGGUUGACUCAGUUCUGUUUUGUCUUCCUUGCUCAGCGCACUAACCUGGGAUUGUUCCACUGUGACGACGGACCCUGCUUCUCUGCCAAGCUACUGUUUAUUUUAUUUAUGUGGUUCUACAAAGCAUCAUUUUGAGGACAACAGCAUAUAGUUGUAGUGUCCCAAAGAGGUGACCUUUGGUGACAAAAUCCUUAGUCUAGCUGGUUUGUAACACAGGUGAAGCAUGUUACAGAUGGGCACCUGGGAGCUGGAUCUCACCAUGGGGGCAAACCUGUACAUCUUGUAAUCAUCUGAAAAUUUACUCCAGCCUGUCAUGAGUCUAGAUCAUCAGACAUCAUCAUAUAAAACAGAUGAGUCAGGGCACUAAAACAUGGAGGUUAUCCACUGAGCUCAUUAUUUUCAUACCUAAUUACACACUGCUAUUGAGGGAGAACUGCGCAUUGUGCUGAAGAAUCCUGUUUCAUCACUAGUCCUAAGAGGCUGCCCUGCCCUCUAAUCUGUGUCGCUCUCUCGCUCCCCCGGCGCGUUGCUCGGAUGGCUUUGCCCCCCCCGGACCCACAGUUUGUUCUCAGAGGUACCAGUGCUGCAGUCUACACUCUGCACUUCUCCUGUGGAGGCCAAGAACCUGAUGUCCCCAUUCUUUUCUCUGGGUCUCAGAAUGGGUUUAUCCAUGUUUGGAACCUGAAAACACACAGAGUGGACACGACACUGGAUGGCCACGGAAGAAAAUCGGUCUACUGUGUGGAGACAAUGGGUGGUAAAAACAGGCUUCUCAGUCAGGGUCGUGACCAGAGGAUCUGCUUGUGGGAUUUAGCAGAGGGACGGGCUUCAGUGACGGACUCUGUCUUCACGGAGAAUGUGGGAUUCUGCAGAUGCUCUCUGUUAAAGGUGGCACAGGGACGCUGGCUAAUGGCCAUGGCAGCCAAAGCGCUGGAGGAGGUUCAGGUUCUGGAGCUGCCAUCCAAGACGUCAGUCUGUACCUUGAAGCCAGAGGUGGGUGCCAAGCUGGGCAUGCCCAUGUGUCUGAAGUUAUGGCAGCUCAGCUGUGGGUCACAACCUUUGCUUCUGGCUGGCUAUGAAGAUGGAUCAGUGGUCCUUUGGAAUUUGUCAAUGGGAAAAGCGUCAAGCCAACUUGGUUGCCACCAGGAGCCAGUGAUGAGCCUUGACUUUGACUCGGAGAAGGCCAAGGGGAUCUCGGGCUCAUCUGAAAAGGUGCUUAGCAUCUGGAGCCUCAAUGAGCAACAGAACCUCCAGGUUUACAAAACACACAAACUUGUCAAUGCUGGCAUAUCUGAUAUCACCAUUCGUCCAGACAAGAAGAUUUUAGCAACAGCAGGGUGGGAUCAUCGCAUCAGGAUCUUUGGCUGGAAAAAACUGAAGCCCUUAGCAGUGCUGGACUACCACACAGCAACGGUCCAUUGUGUGUCCUUCUCGGAUCACACAGACCUCAGUGAGAGACUGCUGGCAGCUGGCUCAAAAGACCACCGCAUCAGUAUCUGGUCAAUAUAUACAUAGACGUGACUUGUUCUGCGCUGUCAUGGACUAAGAAAACAGCACUUGUGAAGCAACUCUUUACACUGUAAUUCAAACCUGGAUGUGGGGAAGCAGUAGAAUGUAUUUUCCAGGCUGAAGUAAGAGUCCUAGGUUAAUUCUUAGCUGCUUGUUCAAGCUGCAAGUUUUGUUUUCCAGAGAGGGAGGUGGAUUUUUAAAAUUCAUAGCAAGCAGAGCAAGGCCAGUCACAGACAAAGACACAGAACAAGUCACUUUGAGUUCUGCUGCAGGUUUGUUAACAGCUUUUCUUUGGCAGGUUGCUUAGAUAACUUGUGCCAAUAUCUUCUUUUGUGAAAAAGAACUGGAAUCCCUCAGACUGCAGUGGGGGCAACAUACAUCUUGUUUGUAAGUCAUUUGUGUAUCCAAGAAUCUGAAUCUGUGUAAAAUAGUACUCUUUCUUGAAAAUUUAUACCCAUUAAACCACCUCCAGUGGUU